AUGGCAUCCCCUUCUACCUCUUUAGUGUUCACAGUGCGAAGGCGCCAACCAGAACUGGUGGCACCGGCUAAGGCCACACCCCAUGAGUUUCAACAACUUUCUGAUAUCGAUGACCAAGAAGGUCUUCGGUUUCAGAUACCUGUGAUACAAUUUUAUCGCUAUGAUCCCUCCAUGCAAGGAAGUGAUCCUGUUACUGUCAUUAGAGAGGCAAUUGCAGAGACCCUAGUGUUUUACUACCCAUUCGCAGGUAGGCUUAGGGAGGGGCCUGCCCGGAAGCUUAUGGUAGACUGCACGGCUGAGGGUAUCUUGUUCAUUGAGGCUGAUGCCGAUGUUACGCUACAGCAAUUUGGUGAUGCUCUUCAGCCCCCAUUCCCUUGCUUGGAGGAACUUCUUUAUAAUGUUCCCGGAUCGGAUGGGGUUCUUAAUUGCCCACUCUUGCUAAUUCAGGUGACGCGCCUCAAGUGCGGUGGUUUCAUCUUUGCCCUGCGUCUCAACCACACCAUGAGUGAUGCAGCAGGACUAGUCCAAUUCAUGAUGGCCGUGGGAGAGAUGGCACGUGGCGCACGUGUCCCCUCCUUCCAGCCUGUGUGGAAAAGGGAGCUACUGAAAGCUCGUGAUCCACCGCGCGUGACUUGCGUGCACCACGAGUACGAUGAAGUGGCGGACACCAAGGGCACCAUCAUCCCACUUGAUGAUAUGGCCCACCGCUCCUUUUUCUUCAGGCCCAUCGAGAUGUCCGCCAUCCGUAGAUUCGUUCCACAGCACCUAAGCAAGUGCUCCACGUUUGAGGUCCUCACGGCUUGCCUCUGGCGUUGCCGUACGAUAGCACUUCAGCCAGACCCGGAGGAGGAGGUGCGCGUGCUGUGCAUUGUGAAUGCCCGUGCCAAAUUCAACCCUGCUCUGCCCUUGGGUUAUUAUGGCAACGCGUUUGCGUUCCCGGUGGCUCUCACGACUGCUGGCAGGCUUUGCCAGAACCCGCUGGGCUACGCUCUGGAGCUGGUAAAGCAGGCCAAAGCUGAUGUGACAGAGGAGUACAUGCGCUCUUUGGCAGAUCUCAUGGUUAUCAGGGGCCGGCCACACUUCACGGUGGUGGGGACGUACCUCGUGUCGGAUGUGACGCGUGCUGGGUUUGGAGAGGUGGACUUUGGGUGGGGCAAAGCAGCGUAUGGCGGGCCAGCCAAGGGUGGGGUCGGGGCCAUACCUGGAGUGGCUAGCUUCUACAUUCCAUUCAAAGACAAUAAUGGCCAAGAUGGGAUUGUGGUUCCUAUUUGUUUACCGGCCCCAGCUAUGGAGAGAUUCAUCAAGGAACUAAAUACCAUGUUGAAUGCUAAUGACCAACCAAAUGGGGUUCAGACGUCUACUACCUUUAUCACAUCUGCCCUGUAA